UUCCUCUUCCCUUCGAACGCUGAAACCAAGGCCAAACCCUAACCCUAGCUGUGCGAUUCUAUCCAUGGACGCUCUUGAAUCGAACCCUAAUCCUUCUCCAUUUCUUCCGUCCGAAACAGUCGUUUCGUACGAUCAUAACCCUGCUCCUCCGCCCCCGGAGAGCUUGGCAUCGGAUUUGCAGACGACAUAUGAGCAAACUGCGAACUCCGAUUAUCAAAACUCUUCGAAAACCCUUGCUUCGGAUGGUCCAAACGUUAACGGUCAACCCCCGUCUGCUACUGGGAAUGGAUACGAGAACGGACUGGAUAGCAGUCAGGGCGGUGCCGAUAGCUGUAGCAAUUCGAAGCCUGUGAGUGUGAAGCCGUUGAUUUCUGAAAACGCGUGGACGAAUAAUACACAGAGUGGCACCGACAAGGAUCACUCUGGUGGGGAAGAGGAAACUACAAGCAAACGUCGCCGCCGUAGUCGAUGGGACCCGCAACCUGAUUCCAAUGAUCAGAGUGGUGGUGAAGCCGGUGGCGGAACGAAGAAGAGGAAGUCACGAUGGGCCGAUGAUGAGCCGAAGCCGGUGAUUCAGCUUCCCGAUUUCAUGGGCGGUAUUGAGUUUGAUCCUGAAAUUCAAGCUUUGAAUAGUAGGCUUCUUGAGAUCAGUCGAAUGCUGCAAUCAGGUUUGCCUUUAGAUGAUCGCCCUGAAGGUGCUAGAUCUCCUUCACCUGAACCGAUAUAUGAUAACAUGGGAAUUAGAAUUAACACUAGAGAAUAUCGUGCCCGUGAAAGAUUGCAAAAGGAGAGGCAAGAAAUCAUUUCUCAGAUUAUCAAGAAAAACCCCGCAUUCAAGCCACCCGCCGAUUAUAGGCCACCGAAGCUUCAGAAGAAGCUGUACAUACCAAUGAAAGAAUAUCCUGGUUACAACUUUAUAGGGCUUAUUAUUGGUCCUCGAGGCAACACACAGAAGCGCAUGGAAAGAGAAACUGGUGCUAAAAUUGUGAUUCGAGGUAAAGGGUCAGUGAAAGAGGGUAGACUGCAACAGAAGAGGGAUUUGAAACCUGACCCUUCAGAGAAUGAAGAUUUGCAUGUUCUUGUGGAGGCAGAAACACAAGAAUCACUUGAUGCUGCCGCAGGCAUGGUGGAGAAACUCUUGCAGCCUGUGGAUGAGGUGUUGAAUGAGCAUAAGAGGCAACAGCUUAGAGAACUUGCGGCCUUGAAUGGUACAAUUAGGGAUGAAGAAUAUUGCCGGCUGUGUGGUGAACCUGGCCAUCGCCAAUAUGCAUGCCCUACGCGCACUUCUACAUUUAAGAGUGAAGUGGUCUGUAAGCAUUGUGGGGAUGGUGGUCACCCAAGCAUAGACUGUCCAGUGAAGGGAGCCACAGGCAAGAAGAUGGAUGACGAAUAUCAGAACUUUUUGGCAGAGCUGGGAGGGACAGUUCCAGAAUCAUCUAUAAAACAGACCAACACGUUGGCAAUUGGUUCAGGCAAUUCUGGAAGCAAUCCUCCUUGGGCUAACAAUUCUGGAUCGACUGGCGGUACAUCACAAGCUGGCUUAGGGGCUAAUCCGGUUAAAAAGGAAAUUGAUGAUACAAAUUUGUACAUUGGGUAUUUGCCGCCUACUCUUGAUGAUGAUGGUCUGAUCCAAUUGUUUCAACAAUUUGGUGAGAUUGUUAUGGCAAAGGUUAUAAAAGAUCGGAUGACUGGUUUGAGUAAAGGAUAUGGGUUUGUCAAGUAUGCUGAUAUCCAAAUGGCAAAUAAUGCAAUUAUGGCCAUGAAUGGCUAUCGCCUUGAGGGUAGAACCAUUGCAGUGAGAGUUGCUGGUAAGCCGCCUCAGCCUACUGUUCCUCCUGGUCCGCCAGCAUCAGCCAUGCCCACAUAUCCUAUUUCAAGCCAGCCAGUUGGUGCCUAUCCAUCCCAACAAUAUGCUGCUGGUGGUCCUUUAGGCGCUGCACCCCCUGGAAGUUAUGCCAGUGCCCCAGUUCCAUGGGGACCUCCUGUUCCUCCACCUUAUGCUCCUUAUGCUCCUCCCCCUCCUGGAUCAACUAUGUACCCUCCUAUUCAAGGUCAAUCUAUACCUCCAUACGGUAUUCAGUAUCCUCCAGUCCAGACAGCCCCUCCAGGUGCCCCAUCCCAGCCUGCAGCUUCUAGUGAAUCACAGCAGAGUUUCCCUCCAGGAGUGCAGUCUGACAGCAGCACUUCUACUCAAUCUACGUCGGCCAAUAUUUAUGGGAGUUCAAUACCUUCUAUGCCACCAACUGCUCAACCUACAUAUGCUACAUCUUAUGGUUAUCCGCCUUACUAUGGUACAGUUCCCCCUCCACCUCCCCCGCCUGCCCCUGCACCUAUCCCGACUUCAGACCACAUGCCUUGGGCUACCAAUCCUUCUGUGCCGCCGCCUCCAUCAACUACAGAGAAGACAACGUAUGGUGCAGAUCAAUCUCAGAGCAUAGGAAAUGUGCCUUGGGCCACAAAUCCUCCAAUGCCACCCCCUUCUUCAACUGCAGAGAAGACAACAUAUGGUGCAGAUUCGGAGUAUGAGAAAUUCAUGGCAGAGAUGAAAUGAUCUGGUUGGUCUGAAGUCAUGCUUAUAAGCUAUGAAAGGCUUGAUGUUUCUUGGAGCUCUUGUGAACCUGAUUUCUUAACCUGUUGCCAUGACUUUCUUGGAAGUUUGGGACUCACUUCUUUAACCUUGCUGUGCUCUUAUGACAUUUGCAGAGAUUUCGUCUAGAAGUUCAGGAGUCUUCAUACAGGAGAGGCAAUAUCAAAGGGGCUUUCUGUUGUUAUGAUUAUUAUUGAUCUUUGCUUAUCUUGUUGGACUUACGUAUUCUUAUUUUUCCUUAUGGUUCUCAUUGAUUCAUACAGGGAUGUCUGGUUGCUAAAGUUUUCUUCUGACAGUAAUAUUUUUGGGCAGCGGGUUCCUUCUGUUAAACGUAGAUACAUUUCUCGGUUAAAUCAUAUUAGUUUAUUAGAACUGUAUUCUAACUUAUUUGUAAUUUUGAUUGCAAGCGUCUUUUUUUUGACAGUUGUACUUAUUUUAAUUGCCUGGUGCUGAGGCUGCCUUUUAGAUCCUGAUGAUAAUAUUAUCCCGAAGUCACCUUAGGUUUUCAUUUGAAUAUUUGGGAUCUGUGGUCAGAUGCCUUUCUAAAGAUAAUUGAAUCCAUUUAGAUUUUUUUUUCAAAAAAAAAAAAUCAUUCAGUCCUGUAAAAUGUCAGACCGCGGCACACAUGCAUAUUUUGCCUCAAUUAAAUUCAGCUGACAUGAUGUUAUGAUCACCAAAUUCUUGGAUGAUACAGGCAAAUAUCAGGUGAUGACAUUUGUUUCUGAGGUGAUUUCAUGUUAUGGGCAUAAGUUGAAGGGUGAGGCCCAUACUAUUGUUGAUAGCUUUCUUUGACUUGUUUUCACGCACUCGGUUACCAUGUAAUGCUGGGCAAAGAUUGAAAGUGAAUGGUUAAAGAAUUCGAGUUUGGGAGUCUUUCCUAAUAUCAUGAAGGAUGUCUCUGCUCAUUUGGAUUCAAGCUUUUGGGUUUCGUUGUGGUUCAUGAUAUCUUAGGUUUUCUUGCUGGUGAAUGCAACAUGUCAAUUAAAAUGUUCCGUAUAUGCCGGAGCUGUGCUAACGCACUAGUGUGUUUGGCAGAGAAGAAGUGCUCGCUCUGUAGAAUUUAUUUCUUUUUCCACACCGCCAAGUCAUAAAAAUAGUACCAUGUUUGGUUUAUGAUACAUGUCAUGAAGUAAUAAAUGGGCAUACUGUUCCCUUACUUUUUCUA